CUUUCUCUCUUGAUGUGGCUCUAACACAAACAUGUAUAAUAACAGGUCAUCUUCUCCCGGUGUGAGAAGCAGGAUUUAUUGAAACUGGUUUUCAGUUUUGAUGAAGAGAAGAAUGGUCGAUUAAGAUAAUUUUUUAGUUUCUGAAGGUUUUUGGUUGGUGAGGAUGGCAUAGAAUUUCAAUAUUUUCUCGUGCAAGACUUGAAAUGGACGCUGAUACCAUUACAGAUGGAUCAGCUUCUAGCGAACAUUUUAGUGCUGGUGAAAUGGAGGCAAGUGGAGACAUUACACGAGAAGUAGGAAGUGCAGCCAGAAUUUUAACAAGGGUUGAUCUAGAUUUAGCGCGUUCUGCUGAGAAGUUGGUUAACUUGGACAUACUUGUUUUACAUGUGGCAACAAGAGAAUAUGAUUUUGAGACUUUCGUUAUAGUGGAAGAAUUUGCGUCGGAUGGUUGUGUUGAGAAAGCAUUAGAAUUUGACCUUUUAUCUGGGUUUUUGGACUCUGAGAUCAGAGAACUGGACAGUUUUCUGUUCACCCUUCGGAAGGAGAUUCUUAGUUUCUAUGGGAUUAUGUCUUCAUUUGAGCAGCUUGGUGUAGCUUUCAAGGAAAUGGAAGAAAAUAUGAAAGAUUGUGAAGAAUCCUUGAAGCAAUCAUUUGAGCAGAUAUCUGAAAUAAAGGUGCAAUCUGCCAACUUCCAGAGGAUCUUAUUGACCACUGCUGGAGACGAAAAAUGGAAAGAUGGCGAGGAGGUUGCAAGUUUAGAAAAUGGCCAUCUUUUAAAUCUGAAAACAAGUAUUAAAAUGCAGACUGCAGAACAUCAGAGGUAUAUUUUGAGGAUGCUGGAGAGGUCUUUGGCUAGAGAAUUAGAACUUGAGAAGAAGUUAACCGUGUCAAGAGGAGCUGAAGAAGAAUUAAAACUCAGGCUGCAACAAGAAGUUCACUGCAUUGUGAAAGAAUCUGAAGUUGCCUGUGAAAGAUUGUUUGAAGCAGAUUAUACCGCAGAAAUUCUUUUGGGAAUUUCAAAAGAACUAUUGAGACGAAUCCAGAUAAUACAAUUUAAUUUGGAUGGUUCCAUUCAGAGAGAAGGAGAGUUGAGAUCUAAAUUGCAGAACUCUGAGAGCACCAUUAAGGAAAUGAGAAUUUUGAUUGAAAAUUUGCAAUCUAAGGUUUUAAAAGCUGAAAGUCAGACUGAGAGAGCCAAAGAGAAGUGCACUCUAUUGCCAGAAUACAAUUCCAAACUUAGAAGAAAUAAAUUAUCAAAGGUGUAGAACGGAGUGCUUGGAAGCAUCUUUUCGUCAGGCUGAGGAGCAAACACGGAAAGUGCAAGCCCUAAUUUCUCCUCCCUCACCCAACCAAAAGAAGCCAUCUAUGCGUGGAUUUGAUUUCUGAUAUCAUCAUUAAAAAUGGAGAAAAAGAUUGCAGUAAAGCAUUUGCAGCAAAUGUACAAGGAUACCUACUAUGUUUCCAAAUGAUGCCAAAGGAACUGUCAAAUAAUUUAUGUUCUCUGAGAAUGAUUCCGAGAAAGAAAAUUCCACUAAUAGAACUACUGAGAAAAAAAGGUAUGCCUUCAGCUACCAGUUACAAGGUAGGUGGUUUAGUUUAUAUCCGUGGUUAUUGGUAUUCAGUUUUCAUGUUUAAAUAUGUAGGAAGUAAUUCAGAGUUUAGAUAGAGUUGAAGGAAUUCUUUUUGUUUGCUAGGCAUGGCUUGGGUGCACCUUUCUUUGGAGCCCUGAUUGAGGCCCAAUAGGUCAUUAUGAAUCAUCAAAUACAAUAAAUAUGGAUUGAUGGAUAUAUAGAUUGU